GUUUGCCGAAUGUUUUGUUGAGGCUGCGACCGAAAAUCCGGCCGUCAGUUGAUUGUGUGCGCUUGCUUGUGCGGAUCAUAACGCGUGUUUGUGGUGUUUGCUGAAGCAGCGCGAUGAAGCAGGUCUUGAUCCAGAUCCUGCUGCUCCAUCUGGCCAUCGGGUUCGUCUCUGUGGUGGUGACUCAACAGCAGCAACAGCAGCAGCAACAGCAACAGCAGCUGCAACCGGAUUACCGGCGGUACCUGCGCACCCGUCGGCCAUCGCUGGUCGGCGAGCGGCACGUCGAGGAGGUGCUCGAGGUGUUCCGCACCGAGGCGCAACCACCGCCGUACCGCCUGAACCACACCGACGUCAACCACUUUCUCGCGCUCGAACGACUCCACGAGCUGCAGCGACGCAGGACCACCACCACCACUGCAAGAACGAUAACGGCCGGCACUACCACCACCACCACUACUACUGCGACACCUGAUGCGAGCACGUACCGGGCGCCGACGUACGAGAACCGUAACCCGGAGUACCGGUACCUGUACCGGUGGCCGCUCAUCACAGCAACCGAGAUCGGCGCUACCAAUAUUACCAUCAAGGAGGCCGAUGCGUAAAAC